AUGCUCGCCAUCGAUUCCUUCUCUCCUGACAAAUACACUUACACCUUCCUUCUCACCUCCUGCACCCAUGAACCCUCUCUGUCGGCCGGGGAUGCCUCGUUCGCCAUGGCAAUGAAAUCAGGCUUCGCCUUCGAUCUAUACGUAGCCAAUUCUCUUCUGAAUAUGCAUUCAGAAUUUGGCAGAAUGUAUUCCGCCCAACAGGUGUUCGACGAAAUGCCGCUUAAAGACAUCGUCUCCUGGACCAAUCUCAUCAAGGGGUAUGCAAAGCAAGGAAAUAUGGAUAUUGCCCGUAAACUGUUCGAUGAAUUGCCGCAUCCGAAUGAGGUCUCAUGGGUUAUCAUGAUUGCAGGUUAUGUAAAGGCUGGAAACCACCAUGAUGCCGUAAAGCUCUUCAAUUCCAUGUUGCAGAUCUCAAAUGAUCUUCCUCACGAGCCAACUAUCGUCUCUGUAUUAUCAGCCUGCACUCAUAUCGGCGCUCUAACACAAGGAAGAUGGAUCCAUGCUUAUAUUGAAAAAAUCAGUCUGCCAAUGUCCAUCAACAUCACAAAUGCUCUCAUUGACAUGUACAGCAAAUGCGGCAUCAUAGAAUCAGCAAGAGAACUUUUCAUCCGAGCUCCAGAGCGAGAUUUGUUGACAUGGUCAUGCAUGAUCUCUGGGCUAGCACUCCAUGGUCGCGGCAACGAAGCUCUAGAGCUUUUUAGUCAGAUGAUUGCGGAUGGUGUUAAGCCAGACAACAUUGCAGUCCUUCAUGUUCUGAAUGGAUGCAGUCAUUCAGGCCUGGUUGAUGAAGGCUGUUCUAUAUUCCACAGAAUGAGUCAGUCAUGGGGUAUUACUCCAGAGAUAGAACAUUAUGGGUGUCUGAUUGAUCUCCUCGGUCGUGCUGGCGAGCUUCAGAAAGCUCUUGGGAUCAUCAUCAAGAUGCCAUUAGAGCCAGACAUCAUCAUUUGGAGAUCGAUUCUUGGUGCCUGUAGAAAUUACAGAAAUGUAGAGCUUGGGGAAAGGAUUCUGGAUCAGAUUGUUCCAUUGGAAUGUAGAAAACAAGGUGGAGGGCACUUGCUUGUUUCAAACCUGUAUGCAACAGCUGGAAGAUGGGAGGAAAUGGCGGAACUGAGGAGCAGAAUAAGGGAUGAGUGCGAGCUGCAGAAACCAGGUUGGAGCUGCAUUGAAGUUGAUGGUGAAGUGCAUGAAUUUGUGGCGGACGAUCGCCUUCAUCUUCAAAUUGUUGAGAUUCGACAAAAGCUGACUGAAGUAUUGAGGGAGGUGGCUGAGAAGGGAGGCUACCUUACGAAUACAGAAGUAGCAUUGUUUGACUUGAGCAAAGAGGAUAGGGAGCAGGCAGUGCACUUGCACAGCGAGAAGCUUGCUGUGUCCUUCGGUCUCAUGAGUGUGGCGGCGGGGUGCUCGAUUCGCAUAGUGAAGAGCCUCAGGAUUUGUGAAGAUUGCCAUUCAGCAAUGAAAGCUAUCUCCUUUGUUUUUGAGAGGGAAAUAGUGGUGAGGGACAGAUCCAGAUUCCAUACUUUCAAAGAAGGCAAGUGUUCCUGCUAUGAUUAUUGGUAG